AUGCCCCAGCACACAGGCGUCCCUCUCUUCGGCGGGGCAAUCCGAGGUGUACUGCCACCAAACUGGAUCGACGCUAGCGAUCUUCGCGAGGUUCCAGAUCACCAGGAACUUUUUCUCUCACCCAACACACUAUCCAACCUUAUUGUUGAGAUCAACCAACGUGUAUCUGAAGAAGAUGCGCUCAGCGCCUUCACCACCCUUAGCCAACAGCAGCCCAGUCUAGCAGCUGGUAGCGGCAGUGCAGCUAGUGCAACACCCGAUACAAUCAAUCAGGCGGCUGCUUUGUACCAUCUUCACGAUCUCUGUGACGAGGGCGACGCUAUGGAAGUAGUCGCCCCGCCGCGGCGAGUGGAGCUAGGCAGCCUGACUGCCAAUGCACCUUCCGGAUCAUCAAUCAGUGCAUACAAAGGCAUUGUGGAGUUCAAGACGGCCGCUCAGCGCAGAGAUCAACGGCAACCUGCUGUGGAGUCAGGCUCGGCCGUUUCAGGCGUUUCGAUGAACGGAGGCUCAUCUAGCGCGCCCCCUACAAAGUCUCUGACAUGUCAUUACCUUCUUGUGCGACUGGAGGUGCAAGAAACGGAUCUUUUGGUUUUCUUUAAUGUUCCUCAUGAGGAGUUUGAUAAAGAGGGAAACCCACAGGGCUUGUCGAAGGAGGAAGCCCUUGCGGAGGAUACUUUGAAGGCCAUUGAGGAGAAGCUCGAGAUUCAAGACUGGGCGCUAUUUGUUUAA